CUAGAUUAAAUGGUUCAUUCUCCAAACUGAAGAAUAACCUCUAAAGAUAAAUACGAACACAAUCGUAAUGUUAUUAAAACUUUGUUAAUGCAAAAUAACUAAGUUUUAGAAUAAACAUAAGAAAUGUUAAAAAUCAACAGAUAAAAAUGGAAGACACUAAUAAAAUAAUGGAAGAAGAAAAUACCAGUAUCAUUUCUGAUACGAAAGAAAAACAACCCUUACAGACUCCAUCAGAAGAAUGUUCAGACAACAAAUUAAAUAUUAAACCUGAAGAUCAUGAAGCAACUGAAACAACACCAGAAACUAAUUAUGAUUCCAAAAAUGUUCAUUAUGAAGGGGAUGAUGCCAUAUAUACAGAUCCAACUUCAAAAUGCCAGUACAAAUGGAAUAAAGAGAAGAAUGAAUGGGAACAUUUUACAAGUACAAAAACAGAAUAUGAGUAUGGUUUUGAAGAUGAUACUCAUACCUACACAGACAAAGAAGGAGUAAAAUUCUUUUGGGACAAAGAAAAAAAUGCAUGGUUUCCCAAAAUUACUGAUGAUUUUAUGGCUCAGUAUCAAUUAAAUUAUGGCUUUGUGGACAACACCAACUUGAAAAUAAAUGUACCAGUGGUAAAGCCAGAAAAUGAUCAACCAAAACCUAAAAAGAAAGACUUACCCAAGCUAUUGCCUGGUCAGAAGAGAAAAGCAUCUGAACCUACAUGGUUUGAACUGGAUGAGAGUAAAAACACUAAAGUUUAUGUCAGUAAUUUACCUCUGGACAUAACAGAAGAAGAAUAUGUUGAAUUAAUGCAGAAAUAUGGCAUUAUCAUGAGAGAUACAACAACAGAUCAACUGAAAAUCAAGUUAUAUAGAGACCCAGAGUCAAACAAUGUUAAAGGUGAUGCCCUUUGCACUUACAUCAAAAGGGAAAGUGUGAAUUUAGUACUAAAGCUAUUAGAUGGUUUGGAAUACAGAGGAAAAACAAUCAAAGUUGAACUUGCAAAAUUCCAAAUGAAAGGCACCUAUGAUCCUAAACUGAAACCCAAAACUAAAAAACGCAAAGAAAAAGAAAAGUUGAAACGCCAACAAGAGAAGUUAUUUGAUUGGAGGCCUGAGAAACAAGUUGGAGAACGCGGAAAACACGAACGUUGUAUCAUUCUAAGAAAUUGCUUUGAGUCUAAGAUGUUUGAUGAAGACGUAAGCUUGAUUUUGACCAUGCAAGACGAAUUGCGUAGCUUGGCAAGCCAAUAUGGUGCAGUGCGUAAGGUAAUAAUUUAUGAUCGUCAUCCAGAAGGUGUAGCGCAGAUCAACAUGAAAGAACCAGAAGAUGCCGAUCAAGCAGUGGUGAAGUUAAAUAACAUCAUAUACAGAGGGAGAAAGGUCACAUCUGAGAUAUGGGAUGGACGAACAAAGUUUAAGAUUGCUGAGACCGAUUCGGAGAUUAACCAGCGAUUAGAAAAAUGGGACGAGUUCUUGGAAGCUGAAGAGAACGCAGAGAAGAAACUAGUAACUGAGAAAGAGUCUGUAGAAGUACAGUAAUUUUUUAAAUAAAGAUUUAUCUUAACAUACUA